UUCGAGGGUAGACCAACCAGCUGUUUUGGCGGCAACGACUUUGUUUUGUGCAAAAAAAAAAAACCAUGUUGUUUGAGUAAAAACGCAGGAACACCCAAAUAUUACCAAUGAUGCAGGAGGGCGCCAUGUACGAGGCGCUCAGGAAGCACUUUGGGCACUCUAAGUUCAAGUCGGAGCUGCAGGAGAAGGCCAUCAAGUGUGCCGUGAAAAAGAAGCAGGAUGUGUAUGUAUCGAUGCCCACGGGUUCGGGAAAGUCCCUGUGCUUCCAGUUGCCCGGACUCAUGUGCGAGAACCAGCUAACGAUUGUGUUCUCGCCUCUAUUGGCCCUUAUCAAGGAUCAGAUCGAUCACCUGACAAAGCUGAAAGUGCCCGCCGAUUCCCUCAACUCCAAGAUGACCCUCAAGGAGAGGGACAGAGUCAUCAUGGAUCUUCGUGCAGUCAAGACCAACCUCAAGUUCCUCUACAUCACCCCCGAGCAGGCGGCCACCAAGUUCUUCCAGGAACUGCUGCAAACCCUCCACAAGCACAAGAAGCUGGCCUACUUUGCCGUAGACGAGGCGCACUGUGUCAGCCAGUGGGGCCACGACUUCCGACCCGACUACCUCAAGCUGGGCGAGCUGCGGUCCAAGUACCCGGAAAUCGUCUGGCUGGCCCUCACGGCCACCGCCUCCAGGGAGGUACGCGAGGAUAUAUACAAGCAGCUGCGGCUGCACCAGCCCGUGGCCCAAUUCAGCACUCCCAGCUUUCGGAAGAAUCUCUUCUACGACAUCGUCUACAAGAACUCCAUCGAGGACGACUUCCAGCACCUGGCCGACUUUGCCCAGCACUGUCUGGGCGAUGCCAAGGAGUUCAAAGCCAUGCCCAAGCCACAGCGCGGGUGCGGCAUCAUCUACUGUCGCACCCGAGAGAAUGUGGAGCGUGUGGCUGUGGGUGUGUCCAAGCGGGGCAUCGGCGCCGUGGCUUAUCAUGCCGGCCUGAAGACCGCUGAGCGUACGGGCGUGCAGGAGGCGUGGAUGCGGGGCGACCAGCCUAUCAUCUGCGCCACCAACAGCUUUGGCAUGGGCGUGGACAAGGCCAGUGUUCGUUUCGUGAUCCAUUGGGACGUUCCGCAGAAUGUGGCCGCCUACUACCAGGAGUCCGGGCGAGCUGGACGUGAUGGUCUGCAGUCGUAUUGCCGGCUCUACUAUGGCCGGGAGGAUGUGCGCAGCAUUCGAUUUCUGCUCCAAAACGAUAUCCAUCGAGCUCGUGGUCGAGGCGACAAGGAACUGCUCACGGAAAGGGCCCUGAAACAGUUCGAGAAGAUCUCGGAAUUCUGCGAGCACACGAGCUGCAGGCACAAACUCUUUGCCGACUUCUUUGGGGAUCCUGCACCGCCCUGCAACGGACAGUGUGAUGUCUGCAAGCGGCCGAAGAACGCGGAGAAGGCCCUGGAGAUGUUCCACCGCCUAUGCAUGGAUGACGCUUUCAAGUCGCACAUAUCCCUGCAGGACUGCGCGGAUUUAUAUGAAGGUGGCCGAGCGGGUGUCAAGCGUGCAGCCCAGGAGUAUGCCGCCGGUGAGUCCGGCUCUGAUGACGAUUCCGGCCAGAGCCACUCGUCAAUGGCGAAGCGGGCCAAGAAGGAAGCCGCGGACUUCAUUCAGCAGCAGUUCAAGCUGCGCAAACAAAUCAGCGCCGCCCGCCAGCUGGAACAGGAAAAGUCUACCCAAAUUUCUCGCGUGCAUCAAGCCGAGGCCACGGAGAAGAAGAUCGCUGGCCUCCAGCACACCCAAAGGGAGCAGUAUCUCACGGCCAUCAUAGAGGCCCUCAAGGCGAAUGUGCAGAAGUGUCAAGAGGACGAGGAACAGCAGCCCCGUAGCGCCCUUCGGUACAACGACUAUGAGGCCAUAGCCGUGGAGAUGGAGUACGAGGUGUUCCGGCAGCAGAGGGUGGCGAACAUGUAUCGGCAUGCUUUGGUUAAGCAGAUAUCCGUCAUUAAGCAGCUGACUGGGAAGACCAAACUGAUGCCCCUGCUGGCCGACUAUGUGCCGAAGCCUCAGACUAGUGCAAAGGGUGCCUGGACGGGCGGCAGCGUGGCCUACUUUGAGCGGAAACUGAAAGAGCUGGAGGAGCAAAAGCCGCAGAGCCUCAAGGAAACACCCAAAGCUCUGAAGGAGAGGAAAGGCUUCAAGCAGGAGAACAGAACGCAGACCUCCAUUGCAAGCUACUUCAAGAAGGAGGUAAAGGAGGAACCACUUGCAGAGGAGGAAGGUGCAGAGGAUCCACUUCAGAAGCCUCUCACUGUAAAACAAGAACCAGGUACGGAAGAAGAAAAAGAGAAGAGUUCAGACGACAGUUCAGAGGAAACAGUGGAUCAGGAUCAGGAGCAAGAGAGCCCCGCCGAGUCUGGUGCCGAACCAAAGAGCAUCGUUGGUGAUAGAGAGCUUAAACUGAUGGCCAAUGGGGAUGGCACCUUCGAUACCCAUCGCAAAAAACGCGUCUCCCAUCAGCAGGUAAAAGAGAGAAAGCCACCCAAUAGCGGACCCACGUCUCUGUCUCUGUUUGCUUCGAAGAAUGAAAGGGAACAAGCUUUGACUGCCUUCAAGACGGCUCGCCAAAUUCUUGAAGAGAAGCUGGAGAAAUUGGAAAGCAAAAAUGAUGUUCUCGGCUUUACGACAGCCAAACAACUGCAUGAGAAAAAACGUCAAAAAGAAGCAAAGGAAAUUAUAUCGAAGAGUAGGGGGAGGCCAGAGAUACCGACAUCAGAGGGAAAAGACAAGAUGGAAUCCGAAGCAGAAAUAAAAGUGGAAAAGAGUUGCAAAAGCGAAAGCCAAGAACUAAAUAAAGAGCCAGCAACUAGGAAAAAGGAGUCAAAGGAAGCCACAUCCCAGCGAAGAGGGCCAAAGGAGAUAACCUCCGCGAGGGGAGACAAGGAGAGAGAGGAGUCGACUCAACCAGAGAGAAAAGACGGAGACCAUAAGCCGACGGUGAAGGUUAAGCAGCAGAAGAACGAUGUCAGCAAGAAUGUUGUGAACUGGCUCAAUCCCUACUACAAGCGCAAAAUAGCCACCAAGGAGCUGUUCAAAGCCCUGGCCAGACUCAUCACUAGCCGCAUCUGCGAUGGCAGUUUAGAUGAUGGAGAUGCCUGCAAAUGCUACAUCAAAGAGACCUUUCAUGGCCUGGAGAUGAUCAGCAAUGAUCAGGACAUUGAGAAAUACUUCACCGAGUCCAAAUGACUUCCCAUCUCGGGAACCAAAUGAACUAAUCGCAUCGGAAAGAUUGCUAAGAACCGGAGUUAAAAAACCAUUUUUUUUUUUUUUUGUGUCGUUAAUGUUUCAAGUUGUAUGUAUAUAACAAUUAAUUUGAUCAGUAAAAUAUUAAGAGGAGUGA